UGUGGCGCACGCGUCUAGCGACAACUAGUAUUUCUUAAACCUCUCGCGGUGUUUUUUGGUCUGCUUUAAAUAAUUUACACAAUUAUGGUUAACUGUGGAAGUUGUGGUCAGGAAGCAAGAGACUGUGUUCAAUGCAGUUCAUGUUCUAGGCAUUUUGACUACCAAUGCUCAGGUAUUACCGAGGCCGGGUACCGUAAACUUGGCAUAGAAAGGCAGGCAGCCUGGAGAUGUCCUUCCUGCAAAUCUGGUGGAUCAGCUGUUUCACCUCGUAUAAUUUCAGGAGAAAGCGGCUUAUUACCCAAGCCAGUGACAUUGGAUCAAGUCAUGCAAGAGCUCAGAAAUAUCAAACGCACAGUGGAUUCGGUGUCAAACAUUGUUGCGGGUAUCGAAAGCAUUAAAAGUGACGUCAGCGAGUUGAAAACCUCAAUGGGUCAAUUCACAUUAAAAUUUCAAGGUCUAGAAGAAAGGAUCCAUGUUAUAGAACAAGCCCAAGCUGAGGUCCUGAAGCUAAGUGACCGUAUUCUUACUAUGGAAAGUGACCUGAAUGACAAAAAUCAGUGGAUGCGGCUGAAUAAUGUGGAGAUCAAAGGUGUUCCCAUGAAGGACCGUGAAAACCUGUUUGAAAUUAUAAACAAAAUUGGAAAUAAAAUUCAAUAUCCCAUCACAAAACAAAAUAUAAAUUUUUUGGCGAGAGUGCCUUCGAGAGAUGGCCUAGCCGACAGGGCCAAGCCGAUUAUAGUUUCAUUUUUAAGUAGGUAUGUGAAAGAUGAUUUUGUUGCCUCUGCACGUUCAUUCAAGAAGUUGAUUGCUGCGGACAUUGACUUGCCAGGUACCUCGCCAAUAUUUAUUAAUGACCAUUUAACUGUGGAAAAUAAGAUCCUUCUUAAGAAAACUAAAAAAUUGAAGGAAGAAAAGAACUUUGAUUUCGUCUGGGUAAAAAACUGCAAAAUAUUCGCAAGAAAAAAUCCGGGAUCCAAAAUAAUAACUAUCAAGAGCGAGAAAGACUUGUUAAAAAUGCAGUCAGAAAAAGGGUGGCGGUGUGGCUAUAGCAGUUCACCGUCGAUAUACAUCUUUGUGUAAUGUGGAUUGGUUAUCGAGCGCAGAGGAUUUGUGGGUUUCUGUCAAACUGCGUAACUCUCGGAGGACGGUAAUUACAUUGAAUAUAUGUGUCUUAUAUUUAUGCGAUCAAAAAGGAGGUUUGAAUUUCUUUCAACAAUUAGAUAGCUUUUGUCGGAAUCUUAGUAACAUAGUUGAUUGUAAUUUGUCACAGAAAUUUCUUGUUGUUGGAGACUUCAACAUGAGUGACAUUUUAUGGCUUCAGUCUGACGUUGGUUAUGUAUCUUCUAUUCUUACGAAUCCCCGAAAGCAAGAAUUUAUUAAUCACAUGAACCAUUGCAGCCUUAGGCAAUAUAAUUUUCAUAAAAAUAAUAUAGGUGGCAUUUUGGAUUUAGUUUUCUGUAAUGACUUCGUUUCGGUUGCGCCUUGCUCCGACCCCCUUACGCCUGAGGAUGCCCUGCACCCGAGCCUAAUUAUUCAACCCUUAUUUAUCGAACUAUGUGCACUUGACACACCAAAACGCACUGCUUAUUCUUAUAUACGAGGUGACUACGACAAAAUAUGUUUACAUUUAUCGCAAAUUGACUGGGACAAUAGCCUUGCUUUAGGUAGUGUUGACGAUGCGGUUAAUUACUUUUAUUCAAUCCUUUAUAAACUUAGAGAACAAUUUAUUCCGAUGCGUACUACAAAGAUAGGCCAGUAUCCGCCAUGGUAUAAUACUCCAUUAAUAAAAAUGAUAAAAGAAAAAUUUAAGUACCUCAAGAAAUUCAAAAUUUAUGGUAAUAAAUCAAACGAACACAACUUUAGACUACUUAGAAAUAGAGUUAAAGCAGCUGAAGAUAAUUGUUAUAAAGAGUACAUAACCAAAAUAGAAAAUAACAUUGCUGCCAACCCUACGAAGUUUUGGUCUUAUAUGAAGAGUAAAAGGGUGAGUAGUAUAUAUCCUGCAACAAUGACUUAUUCUGGUACUAGCAGUGACAUUGGUCCAGGAAUCUGCGAUCUAUUCUCUUCAUACUUUCGAUCGACUUUUUUGGCUCCUGACACUCAACCUGACAAUGUUUCGUCUUUUCCAAAUUUACAAAAUACGUCUUGCAGUAUUUCCUCUAUUGAAGUGUCUGCAGAGGAGGUUCGACGAUUCUUGAAUCAUCUAGAUCUUAGUAAGUCAGCUGGUCCCGACACCAUACCAGCACUACUUCUAGUUAAUUGCGCCAACGAACUGUUUAAGCCAGUGACAAUACUCUUUCGUCGUUCCGUUACUGAGGGAAUUAUGCCAGCUGUAUGGAAAUCAGCAUUAAUAUCACCGAUUCACAAGAAAGGUUCUAAAAAUCAAAUAGAAAACUACAGACCUAUUAGUAAGUUAUGUUUGUUAGCAAAAAUCUUAGAGCGUAUUGUGUACAACCAGCUAUACAAUAACAUUAAAUCAACGUUUAUCCCUCAACAGCACGGUUUCUUGAGAGGAAGGUCAACUGUGACAAAUCUAAUCACUUUUAAUGAUUACUCAACAUUUCAUAUGGAUAAAGGUUCUCAGGUUGACACUGUCUAUACUGACUACAGCAAGGCUUUUGACCGUAUUGACCAUAGUAUACUACUGUCAAAAUUAUAUUCUCUAGGCAUCCAUGGUGACUUGUAUAGAUGGUUUUCUUCCUACGUUCUAAAUAGGUCUCAAGCGGUUGUUCUGAAUGGUUACAUCUCGACGUGGGUUAAUAUUCCGUCAGGCGUUCCUCAGGGAUCAUUGUUAGGACCCCUGCUAUUUGUUAUAUUUAUUAACGAUAUCAGCUCAUGCUUUUCGAAUUCAGAGUUUUUAUUAUUUGCUGACGACAUGAAAAUCUUCAAGACUGUUAACAAUCUUCAUGAUGCUUUACUUCUCCAAGAUGACUUGAACAGGCUGGAUAACUAUUGUACACUCAACAAGUUAGAUUUGAAUGUCUCUAAAUGCUUUUUUAUAAAUUUUUCUCGUAAACGAAACGUUUUUGAAUAUAACUAUAAGAUUAAAAAUCAAAAUUUAGCUGUUAUAAAAAACAUUAAAGAUCUAGGUGUAAUUCAUGACAAUAAAUUAAUGUUCGAUGACCAUGUUAAUGCUGUAGUAAAUAGAGCCUAUCAGGCUCUUGGAUUUAUAAUCCGUGCUUCACAGAAUUUUAAAAGAAUGAAAACUAUAAAAAUUAUCUAUUGCGCCUACGUACGUAGUCAUCUAGAGUACGGGUCUCAAAUUUGGAAUCCCUGUUAUAAAAUAUACUCAGACAACAUCGAGAGAAUCCAAAGGAAAUUCACGCGUUACCUGUCAUAUAAAUUUAAUAUACCAAUGUCUGAAUAUCCACAGCGAAGCCUGAUGUUCCAUCUAGUUCCAUUACAUCAGAGGCGAAACAUAUCUGACAUCGCGUUCUUACUGAAAU